AUGUCUUUCGCUCUGGAGGAGACGCUCGAGUCGGACUGGGUGGCUGUGCGGCCCCAUGUGUUUGAUGAGCGCGAGAAGCACAAGUUCGUCUUCAUUGUGGCCUGGAACGAGAUCGAAGGCAAGUUUGCUAUAACCUGCCACAACCGGACAGCCCAGAGGCAGAGGAGCGGCUCCCGGGAACAGGCGGGGACUCGAGGGGGUGCCGAGGCUGGCGUACCCGUGUCCGACGGGACCCGCGGGCCAGGCAGCCCGGUGGGCAAGGGACGGCCUGAGGCCACCGGCUCUGCGACUCCGGUCCGGAGCCCUGGGUCCCGGAGGAGUCCGACCUGGGCGGAGGGAGGAUCUCCGCGGAGCGCGCGCUGCCUUCGGGGGGACCCGCCGCAGCGGAGCCCGGCCGGCAGAGGAGCGGAGAGUCUUCUCAGGAGCCCUGCGCGGGCCAAGCCCAGCCCGGUCCGAAAAGGAGUGCAAGCCAGAGAUGCGGCAGGGUCAGCCACUGCUACCCAACCGGCGCCCAAGGAGGCCCCGGUGUCCUCUGUGCGAGUUGUGAGCGCCUCCGGGGCGGUCUCCGAGGAGAUCGAAGUCCUGGAAAUGGUUAGGGAAGACGAGACGCCCUUGGCGCUCUCCGACGCGGAGCAGCCGCCUCCCGCGGCCGAGCCGGAGUCUCCGGCUGAAGAGUGCAGCUGGGCCGGGCUCUUUUCCUUUCAGGAUCUGCGCGCCGUGCACCAGCAGCUGUGUUCUGUGAACUCGCAGCUGGAGCCAUGCCUGCCAGUGUUCCCCGAGGAACCCUCCGGCAUGUGGACCGUGCUGUUCGGGGGCGCGCCUGAGAUGACAGAGCAGGAGAUCGAUACUCUGUGUUACCAGCUCCAGGUCUACCUGGGCCACGGCCUGGACACCUGUGGCUGGAAGAUCCUCUCUCAGGUGCUCUUCACCGAGACCGACGAUCCUGAGGAGUAUUACGAAAGCCUCAGCGAGCUUCGACAGAAGGGCUACGAAGAAGUGCUUCAGCGGGCCAGGAAGCGUAUCCAGGAGCUCUUGGAUAAGCAUAAGAACACAGAGAGCAUGGUGGAGCUUCUGGACUUAUAUCAGAUGGAGGAUGAAGCCUAUAGCAGCCUUGCAGAAGCAACAACUGAACUCUAUCAGUAUUUACUGCAGCCAUUCCGAGACAUGAGAGAACUUGCCAUGCUACGAAGACAGCAGAUCAAGAUUUCUAUGGAAAAUGAUUAUCUGGGACCCCGAAGAAUUGAGAGUCUACAAAAAGAAGAUGCCGACUGGCAGCGGAAAGCUCAUAUGGCUGUACUAUCUAUUCAAGAUCUUACAGUCAAAUAUUUUGAAAUAACAGCAAAAGCUCAAAAAGCUGUGUACGAUCGAAUGCGAGCAGAUCAGAAGAAAUUUGGUAAAGCAUCAUGGGCAGCAGCUGCUGAACGUAUGGAAAAACUUCAGUAUGCAGUUUCUAAAGAGACUUUGCAGAUGAUGAGAGCUAAAGAGAUCUGUUUGGAACAGAGGAAACAUGCACUAAAAGAAGAGAUGCAAAGUUUGCAGGGUGGUACAGAAGCCAUAGCUCGAUUGGAUCAGUUAGAAGCUGAUUAUUAUGAUCUUCAGCUUCAGUUGUAUGAAGUACAGUUUGAAAUCUUAAAGUGUGAAGAGUUAUUGUUGACAGCACAACUGGAAAGUAUCAAAAGACUUAUAUCAGAAAAGAGAGAUGAAGUAGUUUACUAUGACACUUAUGAAAGCAUGGAGGCCAUGCUAGAGAAAGAAGAAAUGGCAGCCUCUGUGCACGCACAGAGGGAAGAGCUGCAGAAACUACAGCAGAAAGCACGCCAGCUGGAAGCAAGACGGGGACGUGUCUCAGCCAAGAAAGCCUACCUCAGAAAUAAAAAGGAAAUUUGUAUUGCAAAACACAAUGAAAAAUUCCAACAGCGCAUUCAAAGUGAAGAGGAAUAUAGAACCCAUCACAUGGUACAACUAAAGAGAGAAAAAGUACAUGAUGAAGAGGAAAGAAAAAGUGCCUGGGUUAGUCAGGAGAGACAGAGAACGCUGGAUAGACUUCGAACAUUUAAACAGAGGUACCCUGGGCAAGUCAUACUUAAAUCAACCAGAUUACGACUGGCUCAUGCGAGAAGAAAAAGUGCAGCAAGUCCUGUGCCCCAUGAGGAUCCAUGUGACUCUCUACCAGGGGUGUUGCAGGUAGAGGGAAAAACUGAAGAGGUGGGAGAAGGAAGAGGCCAGCUUGGGUCAUCACAGACAACAGAAUCCCAGCGCCUUGCACAACUUGAAGAUAAUUCAUUAGCACAACUUGAAGCCACUUCAUUACCUCUCAGUGGUGUUACCUCCGAACUGCCUCCCACUGCAUCUCUUCCACUUUUGAAUAGCAGUGACCUCGAACCAUGUUCUGUUAGCACAGAUCCACUCCCACCACCUCUCCCUCCUACACCCCCUCCGCCCCCACCACCCCCACCACCCCCUCCCCCUCCUCCCCCUCUGCCUGUUGCAAAGGACAACACUGCCAACCCAGAGACACUGGAGAAAGAUCUGCCUAGAAAGGAGGGGAAUGAGAAGAGGAUCCCGAAGUCUGCCAGCGCCCCCUCAGCACACCUUUUCGAUAGCAGCCAGCUGGUUAGUGCCCGAAAGAAGCUCAGGAAGACUGCUGAAGGUUUGCAGAGGAGGAGAGUGAGCUCACCUAUGGAUGAAGUGCUAGCAUCCUUGAAGCGUGGUAGUUUUCAUCUGAAAAAGGUUGAACAGCGAACUCUGCCUCCUUUUCCUGAUGAAGAUGAUAGUAAUAAUAUCUUGGCACAAAUAAGGAAAGGGGUAAAAUUGAAGAAGGUACAGAAGGAAGUUUUGAGAGAAUCCUUCACACUUCUGCCUGAUACAGACCCUCUAACACGGAGCAUCCAUGAAGCUCUACGAAGAAUUAAAGAGGCAUCCCCUGAGUCAGAGGAUGAAGAGGAGGUUUUGCCUUGCACAGACUGGGAGAACUGACAAGUAACUUAAAGAAGAAAAAUACAUACAGAUGAAGAUUGGUUCUGAUUCUUUUGGAAAACAAAAGUUGAAGCUCUUGGUUCCACAGUUGGAUUCCAUUAGACCCAAAGUAUAUUGACUCAGUUGUAUGGGGGAAAAAAAAAGGAAGCACAAUUGGCAAAUUAUUACUUUUACAGUCAUUCCAAUAGAUAAUGGUUAAGAUGAUUUUUAAAUGUGCAAUGUUCCUAUCUGUGAUGAAGAAAGGCCUCCUGGAGAUGGCUGUUUUUUUUUAUGCACCUUCCCUUCCCCCAUCCAUAUAUAUAUAUAUAUAUAUACUUGUAGUGGCCAGUUAAACUGGGAGUUGCUAUGAGUUGGAAGAACACUGGGCUGACAGAUCUACUGUGAGCUGUUUUGGGACUGCUUUGAGAUCCAUCUUUCAGUGUACUGAAAGGAAGGACAUCUGCUAAAAAACAGAGUUUCUUCCGUAUCAGCUUACAGAAAUAGUACUAUAUUCUGAAAAAGAAGUUUAUCAUGGUAGCAAUAGGUCAGGAAUUAUAAUCAGAUGGAAAUAUACUUAAAAAUUUUAACAGUUCUCAUCUCCAAAGGAAUUUUCAUAAAUGAUGUUCAACAUCUGAAAGAUCAAUGGAGAUACACCUAUUAAUGUGUGUACCAAACAUGAUAACAUUUAACAAGGCAUAUUUUUAGAAGGCUACACAGUCUACACUUUGUAAGGGUUUGAAGUUAAAAUUUCCAUGCCUUUAAAUAGCUUUUCAUAAUUCUGAAUUUAUAGUGGUUUGAAUUUUAUGUGCAUCCUUGUUUAUGAGAAGCAAUACUUUGUAAUUUGAUAAUGUUUCAAAUUAUUUUUAGUCUUUUUGUUUGAACUGUUGCUUGAUCACCAUAACUCAUGACUUUCCUAUUGAGAAUCAAAAAAGGAGGAUUCAAUAAUAGGGAUGCAGAUCAUAACUCUUUAUCAUGCACCAUUAAGUUUUUGUUAUGCUCCACAGUGUAAAGCAUGUGCUCCACAAAGAUGCAGAAAGUAGACAGGCAGGAAAGCCUCUUUGGCUGGCAUUUCACUAUCUUGAAAUGCUUUGAAUGGAACAUUGGGAGAGAGCCUUUGUUAUUAAAUUUUUAUCUUACAAUAUAUAGGGCUAGGUUCUGAUUUGCUGUAAGGAACUCUAUAUGAAUGAAGCUGUCAUGGAUUGUCAGGAGGAUUGUUGUGGGCUUACAUGAAGGGAGCAGAUAUGCUGGACCCUGUUUAAUAGUACUCCAUAGAGUAUAAUUCUGCAUAAGACAGAUCUCGGCCUUUAUUUGGAGGGAGUCCAGGAUAGAAGUAUCACUUUAUGUCAUAAGGCAGUUCUCCGACUUACUCCCAGAAAGUAGUAUUGGAGUAAAAGUUACUCAGUGUAUGUGAAUUAGUUUUCCUGGAAGGAAAAAAGCUCACAACUCUUUUUGUCAUUAUUGAAUAUUAUUUUCAUUAACAAAAAUUCCCAGCAGCAGGAGGUUAUAUAAAACAAAAUCUUUUUGUUCAAACAUUAGUAAUAUAUUUAUUGAUGAGACUAGGAAUUUCUGCACAACAUAUGAGUUUCAUGAUACAUUGGUUCUAGUCCCAGCAUAAGUCCCGUGUCUUGUCUGGGAUGAUUAGUAGCACACAUCUAAUAUAUAUAAACUUUAGUGGGGGUGGGUGCAUAUCCUUUAUAACUUCAGUAAAGCAUUAAAGUAUGCUUUUAACCCAAAGAGCCAUUCGUUAGAUUAAUAUAUUUGCAAAUUUUUAAAUUUAGAAAACUUUUUAAAAAACCAUGGAUCCAUCUAAUCCAUCCAUUUUGUGUGUGUGUGUGUGUGUGUGUGUGUGUGUGUGUAUCCAUGUAUCAGUAUUUCAUGUGUCAAGUGUUUUGGAUGCUUGUUCAUAACCUAACUUUUAUUCAUUUUUUUCAAUUUCGGAAAAAUACAGAAGGAUGUAAUGUUAAAUUAACAACAACAAACACUGGACCCUUCAUGUUGAGAGAAUUGCUACCCAUUAGUACUAUCGCUGGGAUUCUAUUAUAAAGCAAUCUUACUUUAAAAAGGCUCCUGUGAUCUGUCUUUAGCCACCUUGUAAUCAGCUGGUGAUGUGGCUCAGUGUAGAGUGCUUACCUACAUGUAUGAGGAGGCCCUGCGUCCCAUCGUCAGGGAGAGAUUCACAUGGCUACUUCCACAAAAUUACAAAUUACUGUAGGUCACAUACCAUCGGAGUUAAAAGAACGAGGGUCCACUUGUCUAAAAUGAGUAUCAAUUGAACCCCCAUUUUAAAGCAGUAUCAGAACCCUACAAAAGCGUGAUCAAAUGUUCUUUUUUCCUUGCCUCUAAUAAAAUGCAGAUAUUUGCUUUAA